CAUAUGUGCAGGCCACACACAUCAAGUACUAUUCAACACUAUGCAUACUUUCUUCUAACAUCUUCCCUCCACUUCUGCGUCAUUACCCGUCCUCAAAGAAUCCGCAUUUUGGUGUGGCUCCCAAAUUUCAUAAUUUUUGGACUGCAACCAAGAAUGAGCUUCAACCAUCGUUGCUGCUCCAAAUUCAAGUCUCAUUCAUUCAUCUGCAUUGUCACACUCACAUUAAUCUUGCCGUCCACCUUCGUGCAGUGCCAAUUCACUCCUCCCUCGUUUGGAUCUCCCACACAGCUAGCUUACGGAAAUCUUGAUAAUCUCACCUCCGCUCUCCUCUCCAGUAAACUCGUUCAAGAUUACAGCUUUUGCAUCCGAAAUAAGGAACGUGAAUGGAAUACAGCUUUCAAUUUUUCGUCGGAUUUGAGCUUUUUGACCGCUUGCAUCGCCAAAACCGGAGAUGCUACUCGACGCUUCUGCACAGCAGCUGAAGCUGAAAUCUAUUUUAGCAACUUGAAAAGUGGAGGGGAUUCCCUGAAGCUUAACAGGAACUGCAAUUCCUCCCAUUGGGUGGCAGGAUGUGAGCCAGGAUGGGCAUGUGGCCUAGACAAUGAUGAUCCAGUUGACCUAAAGAAUUCGCGAGAUAUACCACCUAGAGGCUCUGACUGUGAUACAUGCUGCGAGGGCUUCUUUUGCCCUCAAGGCCUCACAUGCAUGCUGCCCUGCCCGCUUGGUUCCUAUUGCCCACUUGCUACAUUUAAUGUCGCGACAGGCAGAUGUGACCCAUACAAGUACAAACUUCCAGCAGCAACACCGAAUCAUACUUGUGGUGGCGCAAACAUGUGGGCGGAUGCUCGCACGAACAGUGAGGUUUUCUGCUCUGCUGGUUCUUAUUGUCCAACGAGUAUCGAGCAAUUGCCAUGUAGUGAUGGGAAUUACUGUCCAAAGGGAUCUACUGAUGAGAAGCGGUGCUUCAGGUUGACCACAUGCAAUUCAAAAUCAGAGAGUCAAAAUAUUCAUGCGUAUGGAGUUAUGCUUAUUGCUGCAUUAAGUACUCUUCUAUUAAUAAUAUACAAUUGCUCCGACCAAAUUAUUACUACACGAGAAAGGAGAUAUGCCAAAUCGAGGGAAGCAGCUGCAAGAACAGUAAAGGAGAAAACACAAGCACGAGCGAGGUGGAAAGUGGCAAAAGAAGCUGCUAAAAAGCAUGCCAUUGAAUUAAGCUCUCAACUUUCCGGAAAAUUCUCAAGGAAGACCAUGCCAAAUCAGGAUCAAGUUAAAAUAUUGAACGACUUAGAGAGUGAAACAUCAGAUGGCUUUGAGCUGUCAAACGCUCAACCUGAAAGGAAGAGAACAGAAGCCAGCCAUUUGUUGGACAUACCCCAUGGAAAUGAAGAUAUCUAUAGUAGUUUUGAUGUUUCUGGUUCUGAGCAUUUGAAUAAAAACACCAAGAAAAAAAUUCCAAAAGAGAAAGAAAUUCAUACUCACAGUCAGAUUUUCAAAUAUGCAUAUUCACAACUUGAGAGAGAGAAGGCUCAGCAACAGCAAAACAAGAACCUCACCUUCUCGGGUGUGAUUUCAAUGGCGACAAGCAGUGAGACCAGGAAAAGGCCUCUGAUCGAGAUUGCUUUCAGAGACCUAAAUGUUAGUCUCAAAGGAAAACAUAAAACUCUUUUAAGAUGUGUCACUGGGAAGAUAAAACCUGGCCGCAUAACCGCCAUCAUGGGCCCAUCGGGAGCUGGGAAAACAACUUUUCUUUCUGCUCUGGCUGGAAAAGCAGUUGGAUGCAUGGUUAAUGGCAUGAUUUUAGUGAAUGGAAAGUCAGUUUCUAUCCACUGCUAUAGGAGAAUCAUUGGUUUCGUGCCACAAGAUGAUAUUGUACACGGAAAUUUGACUGUGGAGGAAAAUCUAUGGUUUAGUGCACGAUGCAGAUUAUCUGCAGAUUUACCAAAGCCGGACAAGGUUCUUAUCGUUGAAAGGGUCAUUGACUCCUUGGGGUUGCAGGGAAUACGUGGCUCCUUAGUUGGAACUGUGGAGAAACGAGGUAUCUCUGGAGGUCAGAGGAAACGUGUGAAUGUUGGCAUCGAGUUGGUGAUGGAACCGUCAUUGUUGUUCUUGGACGAACCCACCUCUGGCUUGGAUAGCUCGUCUUCCCAACUAUUUCUUCGAGCAUUAAGGCGAGAAGCAUUGGAAGGGGUAAAUAUCUGCAUGGUUGUCCACCAACCAAGCUACACACUGUUUCGGGCAUUUGAUGAUUUGAUUCUUCUAGCAAAAGGAGGCCUCACUGUCUAUCACGGACCAGUGAAAAGGGUAGAAGAGUAUUUUUGUGGUCUUGGCAUCGUGGCUCCAGAGCGUGUUAAUCCUCCAGACUACUAUAUCGACAUUUUGGAGGGUAUGGUGAAAGCAAGCUCGAACUCUGGCGUAAGUUGUACUGAACUCCCAGUUAGGUGGAUGCAACAUAAAGGUUAUCCUAUUCCUCCGGAUAUGAGAACUAGUGCUACCGCUGGAUCUGCCAUGCCUGCUAUCAACAUUGAUGAUCGCAGUCAUGACUUUGAUGAUUCUGUCCGGGAGGAACAUUCCUUUGCUGGGGAAGUGUGGCAAGAUGUUAAAGCGAAUGUGGAGAGGAAGCGUGAUGCGAUAAGGCACAACUUCCUAAGGUCGAUAGACUUAUCCUACCGAAGAACCCCAAGUGUUUUCCUGCAGUAUAAGUACUUCGUUGCUCGGGUUGGUAAGCAGCGACUACGAGAGGCAAAAACACAAGCAGUAGAUUAUCUGAUCCUGUUGAUUGCUGGGGCCUGCUUGGGCUCGCUCACUGAAGCGAAUGAUGAAACCUUCGGUUUUGGUGCUUAUACAUAUACGAUUAUUGGUGUUUCUCUCCUUUGCAAGGUCGCAGCUUUGAGGUCGUUUUCUCAGGAUAAGUUACAAUACUGGAGGGAAAGUGCUUCCGGCAUAAGCAGCCUAGCCCAUUUUGUGUCCAAGGAUACCAUUGACAUGUUCAAUACGAUCAUAAAACCCGUCGUCUAUCUCUCAAUGUUUUACUUCUUCAGCAAUCCACGGUCGUCCUUUGCAUUCAACUACGUUGUCUUGCUGUGCCUCGUCUACUGUGUAACUGGUAUUGCAUAUGCAUUGGCAAUUUUUCUUGAACCUGGUCCCUCUCAGCUGUGCUCGGUGCUACUUCCGGUGGUGCUGACCCUCAUUGCGACUCAAGUGAAUGCCACCAACAUUGUGAAAGACAUCGCGAACUUCUGCUAUCCGAAGUGGGCUCUGGAAGCAUUCGUCCUUGCAAAUGCUGAGCGGUACUACGGGGUGUGGCUGCUAACACGAUGUGGGGCGCUGCUGAAAUACGGCUACAACGUACAUCACUGGGCUCUACGCCUAUCGUUCUUGAUCAUGUGUGGUGCAGCUUUCCGGGUCAUUGCUUUCAUUGGCAUGGUAACUUUCCAAAAGAAGUAAAGUUUUUCAAGGUAAAUUGUAACAUUGGGGUUAGUAGCAAGUCUCCCAAAGCACGAUCCCGACCCGGACCCUGGUUCGGGUUCCAACACUGGAGCCAACUUUCGGAAGAAGCAAAUCCUGCAUCUGGUUAGCCUGCCUUCCUCACUGUACAUAGCUGGUGUUUUACUUGUUUGAGAGAGCAGGCUGCAUCAUAUGCAUGAGCCAUGGUGUGAUUUUUGGAGUGCUUUGUAGUAAAAGGUUAUAGUAUAUAUAUAUAGGAGUACUAAUUUGUAUUCAUUCAAGAUUGUACUGUCUUUAAUUAUUUUUGUGACACGCAUAUUACCUACUCAGUUAUAGUCUCACGAUUUUAUUUUGUGAUA